AUUGGUUUAAUUAAGAUCGUAAAAUGCAAGACCUCAUUCAUUCAAAUAACCUAAGUCUAUCCCUAGUUGGACACAUGCUUUAAUUCUUGUUUAAUCCAAAUGUAAGGAAACUUACCAAUAGGUAAAAAUUUACAAACAAAAAUUUUAUAUAGAAUAUUCAUUCAAAAUAAUGUGGCUUGUUAAUGAAAAUACAUUGAGAAGUAAAAAUACUUCUUAAAGUGACUCAUGGUUAUAGAAAUGUUGUUGCCAUAUUAUGCUAGUCAUAUACUUUGAACAAAUAUUCUGCGUAGAUAUGAUUUUCCUAUUAAAAAUGGUUGGUUAACCAUUGGCAAAUAAAUAGUUUCCCAAAAUUCUCCCGAAUUUCUUGUGUAUGAGUAUUUUACCUUUUCUCCAAAAUCUAUUCUUUAUGUAUAAGUAAUUAAUUUCAAUAUUAGUGUACAUAUUUUAUCAUAAAUAAUGCAUCAUUGAGCAAUAAUUAUUCAUUAAGGGGGCAUUUGUUAAAAUAAACAAGAUAAGAGGCAUCAAAAUAAGGUUAGAAUGCUUUCCGGAUCAAGAUAUGGAAUGGUUAAGAUAAGGCUGAAAAGCAUUCCAAGAUUUCUAUCAGAAUGCUUGUUAAAUUUUUUGGAAUCCACUGAUAAUUGUACUUUUUCUUUUUAUGUGUUUGUUAAUGCAUAUGAUGAGUACCAAGAUUAGAGUUUUUUCUACCAAAAUAUCCCUAUUACCAAAUUCAUUCAAAAUUGUUUGUUAAUAUCUAUGAUUAAAAUAGUAUUUUAUGAUUAAUAUGAAUUGUCAAAAAAAUUAAAAAUAAUAAUUUAUUUUCUAAAUCCAUGUUCAAAAAUUGAUUUAAAAAGAGUUGAAAAGUAAAAAUAAUUAUUGUUGGAAUUACAAUAAUUCCACCUAGAUAAUUAAAAAUGGCCAAAACAUAUUUUCAUAAUAGAUAAUAAAAUAUAAAAUUAAAUAAAAUAAUUUAAAAAUUGGUGAAAUGAAUUGUAUUAGUUAAUAAAAUAUAUAUAUAGAGAGAGAAAUUUAAAUUUUAAAAAUCAAUAAAAAGAAUAAUGUCAUUUAAAUUUUAAAAAUUGUCAAAACAUAUAACAAUUUAAAAAUGUAUGAAAUAAUAUUAAUUAUAAGACUUAAAUAAAUAAGUUCUUUUAAUAAAUUUAAAUCUUUAAAAUGCAUUAAAUGGCAUUAACUAUCUUACAAGGGGCAUAUAGAUAAUUGAGGCUUAUCUUGAAAAAGUCAGAUAAAUUUAUCUGAGGGGGGAGGUCAGAUAAAUUUAUCUUGAAAUGGGGAGAUAAGAGGUCACAUGAGAGUUUUUUUAGAAAUGGUUAGAUAAACUUAACAAACAUGUUGAAAUGGCCAAACAUCUGAAAUGCUUUCCAUAUCUGGCAUUUUCUCCGUCUUAUUUUGGUUAACAAACACCUCCUAAGUAUUUCUAAAUUUUCUUCUUUAUUCAGUGUACAAAACUUGUUGUCAGUUCCAUGGAAAACAUAUUUAAUACUUUUAAAAUACAAAUAAAAUUAGGUUUUUGUCACAAAAUGAGGAUCUAUGGUGGGGAUAAAUGUAAAAUCAGAUUUGGAUCCCCUGAUUUGGUACUUUCUUCGACCUUGAACUCACGAUCGCUCCUCCGCCUAUCAGCGUAUUGUUUCAUUCGAUUUUGGGUCGAUGCCAACUCCUGUUUGAGUUGCUGCAACACUUCCUUUCGCUAUUGCAAGUACUCUUCCACAGGGGUAGUGGUGUGCCCUCCAAUAGCCAGUAGGGUCGGUGGGCUAUACCCAAACACUGCCUCAAAUGGCGUUCUCCUUAUAGAAGCAUGAUGGCUGGAAUUAUACCACCACUAUGCCAAAGCUAGCCACCUAUGCCAACUCUUAGGCUGCAACAAACACAUGCAUCGAAGAUAGGUUUCUAGGCUUUGAUUGACCCUUUCUGUUUGCCUAUCGGACUAAGGAUGAUAGGCGGUUGAAAGGUUGAGUCCUAUGCCCAGGUUCUUCAUCAAUUCCCUCAAAAAAUGGCUGGUAAACACCUUGUCUCGGUCAGAUAUAAUGUAUUUAGGAACCCCAUGUACAACUACCACUCUAUCCAUGAAUGCCUUGGCUACUUCUUGGGUGGUGUAGGGGUGAGCCAGCCCUAUAAAAUGUGCAUACUUAGUAAGUCGGUCUACCACCACCAUUAUACAAUUCUUUCCCUCUGAUUUUGGCAGACCUUCGAUGAAGUCCAUGGACACACUUGUCCAUGACUGUUCCGAUAUUGGCAGGGGUUGCAGCAGCCCUGGAUAGGCCACGUUUUCCUGUUUGCACCUCUUACAGGUAUCACACCCCAUCACGAAAUCCCUUACUGCCCUUUGGAGUUGCGGCCAAUGGAACAACUGCCUCACCCUUAGAUAAGUGUUUUGGAUACCCGAAUGCCCCCCUAAGGGGGGAGUCAUGCAGGGAUUGUAGGAUUUUUUUCUUGAGUUCCUCAUCGUGGUCCACUACAAUUCUUCCCUUAUACCUCAACAACCCAUCUGCCAUGGUGUAAUCUUCUGCUUCCUCGCUUCCCAGGGCUAAUGUCUCCCACAAGCUCUGGAUGUGUUCAUCUCCUUCAUAGCUAUCCACCACUUCCUUGCACCAUUCAGGGAUCACCACGGUUAUGGGGGUUGCACUACCUUCCUCUUAACACCUUGAUAGGGCAUUAGCGGCCAAGUUUUCCUUGCCCUUCUUAUAUUGUAUGGAAUAAUCUAGCCCCAUUAACUUUGCCAUUCCCUUCUUUUGCAACUAGGUUUGGAGCUUUUGUUGUAGUAAAAACUUCAAAGACUCGUGAUCAGUUUCGAUCACAAACCUCUUUGCCUCUAAGUAGUGCCCGCCAUUUCUCAACAGUUAUGAGAACAGCCAAAAACUCUUUUCAUAUAUACUCAAGCCUAAAUGUCUUGGAUUGAGGGCUUGACUUAAGAAAGCCAAUGGUCUGCCAUCCUGCAUCAACGCAGCCCCAAUCCCCACUCCACAUGCAUCAGUCUCCAGCACAAACGACUUGCUGAAAUUCGGCAGCCCCAAUGUAGGGACCUUGCUCAUUACCACCUUCAAUUUUUCAAAAGCAUCUUCUGCUUCCUUCCUCCAUUGGUGACAGGUUUGCUGAUAACUCCAUACCCCUUCACAAAUCUUCGAUAAUACCCGGUGAGCCCUAGGAAACCCCUAAGAGCCCUUAUGGUCGUGGGCCUCGGCCAAUGGAGCAUCGCCUCCACCUUCCUUGGGUUGGUGCUAAACCCCUUGCCCGAGAUUAGGUGCCCCAAGUAUUCAACUUGGUCCUAGCCGAAUGCACACUUGGACUUUUUGAUGAAUAGCUGGUUGUUUCUAAGGACCUCAAAAGUGGUUCUUAGGUGGUUAAGAUGUUGGUCCAAGGUUGGGCUAUAAACAAGGAUAUCAUCAAAAAACACAAGUUUGAAUUUCCUUAGGUAAGGUUCAAAGACCUGGUUCAUUAAGGAUUGAAAAGUGGUUUGGGCGUUGGUGAUGCCCAAAGGGCAUCACCAAGAACUCAAAAUGGCCACGGUGAGUUCAGAAGGCAGUCUUGUGGAUAUCCUCGGGCCUCAUCCUGAUUUGGUGGUAGCCCGAGCGCAAGUUAAGCUCGUCCAUUAGGUCUUCAAUAAGGGGUAUGGGAAACUUAUCCUUAUUGGUUAGAGUGUUAAGUUGGCGAUAAUCUACCCAAAAACGCCAAGAACCAUCUUUUUUCUUAACUAACAGAACUGGGGAGGCAAAAGGGCUCUAGCUUGGUCUAAUGAAAGUCUGGCUCAUCAUUUCUUUCACCAUUCUCUCAAUUUCGGUUUUCUGGACAGGGGUGUAGCAGUAGGAUCUGAUAUUAACAGGCUCAAUAUUCGAUUUUAGGUUAAUGUCAUGGUCUAAGGCUCGGUUAGGAGGGAGGGUAUUUGGCUCCCCAAAGAGGUCUUUAAACUCUUCCAACAAUUCAUCAAUAAGCGGUAAGGUGCAUACCUGGUCAGUUCUCCCUUGUUGGUGACUGACAGUGAGCUGUAGCUCCCCUAGCUCCUCUCCCUUAAGACUUCCUUCCACUUCCACAAUGGAAAACAGAUGUGUGAGUUGACUCCACUUGCUCUUGAGGACCCUUUGCAACCUCCUACCUAUAAUUAUCUUGUAGGUAGCAAUCUCUCUCCCACUAGUGAGUGCCAUUCUUCUUCCUUCCUUUUCAAAGGUCACCUCCAUACGGUUGAAAUCAAAGCAUAUGGGACUCACCCCCUUCAUCCAGUCGACCCCUAAAACGACAUCACACCCUCCUAAUUGCAUCAACCUGAGGUCUGCCUCAAACUUCUCCCUUUGCAUUCCCCAUAUGAAUCCCAGGUAGACCGUGUUACUCACUACUCGGUUUCUAUUAGCCACCAUGACACUCAAAGGCAUUGUACUAAUGAGUUGACACUUCAGUUUCUUGGCAGUGCUAUCGUCGAGGAAGCUGUGGGUGCUCUGCUCUCAAUUAGGAUUGACAAGCUACCUCCCUUCAUCUUGCCCUCCACCUUAAUUAUCUUGUUAUUGGUGAUCCCUUUGAGUGCAUGGAGGGAUAUCUCUCCAUUAUCCUCUAUUCCUUCAUCACCGAUUCCUUCUGCUUCCUCUUCGUCUUCUACUUCUUCUUCUCCUCGACCUUCCAAUAACAGUAGCUGCCGUUUGCAUUGGUGCCCUGAGAAGUAUCUGUCCCCACAUCUGUAAUAGGAACCAGGUUAUCGUCUAGGAUCAUUAGGUCUCCCUCCAAAGUUGGAAUUAGCAAAAAUUCCUUCCUCCAACAUUACUUCUCAGCAUCUCCUUGUUGACCCCUUUGUUGCUCCCUCCUUGUUGCCAACUCCCCGCGUGUGCAAUCCUUUGUUGUUGCACCUUCUGCUUCUUUAACAGGGCCUCAACUACCAUUUCUUGCAACUUGGCACUCUCAACUGCUUGUUUCAAGGUUCGUGGCCUGAUCAUCUUCACCAUAGGCCUUAGUUCUUUGCUCAGGCCACUGAGCAAACUAGAGACAAAAUAUGCCUCCGUUAGGUGAGGAUCAUGGCUACUCAUCAGAGAUCUCAGCUCUUCAAACCUCCUUAAGUAGGUUCCAACAUUGCCCACCUGUUUUAGUUUGUUAAAUUCCUCAAUGGUGUCCGACAUGCUCCUCUCUCCGAAUCUCUCACACAACAUUUCAGAGAACUCCCUCCAGGUAUAGUUCUCCCAUCCCCGAGUCCAACCUUGGAACCAUGCGUCCACCUUGUCAUCAAAGUAAGUGGCCGCUAAAGCAACCCUCCUUUCUCUCGGUACAUUGUACCAUUCGAACAACCUCUCACACUUCACCACCUAGGAUUGGUCCCCUCAAAUACGAGUAUCUCCAUUCGAGGCAUGGGAAACCCCUGUGGUGGAGGAAUAGUCCGGUCCUCCCGGUCCCCACGCCUCAGUGUCAUCACCUUGCUCGACAACAAUCUCAUGGGCUCUAUUUUCUUGAUUUAUCCUCUCAUUUUGUAAAAUAGGGUCGUUCCUAUCUCUAUGAGGAAAGUCGGGAGACAGCCUAACCUGAUUUUGGCAGGUAAACAUCAACAUAAACUGUUGAAGCUAAUUACCCAUCUCUUCCCUCAUUUGGUUGAUAUCUUCCCUCAUUCAGUUAAGUCCUCCUUCCACCUUACGAUCAACUGUCAUGAUCGCAUCAUGAUUUUUUUGGUUGCUGACUUCUAGGCGGUCCACCCGAUCCUGAAAUUCUCCUAUUGCCGAGCUAAGUUGCUGGAGCUGUGACUCCAUGUUCUUCAUGCGUGUUCCUUCGGCCAUCUUCUGCGACCAUAAUACUCCUCGCCAGCACCGAGGCUUUGAUACCAAAUGUCACAGUUGCGCUGUGACCACUGUCGACCUUCUAACUCGGUGUGAAUUAGAAGGAGUCGCUAGAGAACCGUAAGAGAAGAGAAAGGUUUGGAGAAGAAGAAAGAGAGAGAGAGAGAGAGAGAAUGCAGAGAGUAGGAAUCUAAAAUUGGUUAAUUGAUUGAUUCUCUUGCUGCAGGUUGACAUAGUUUAUAUAGGACUCAUAGGUGUUGCCACAACAGAUCUUCUCUCCUCUAACAGAUUCUUUUGUCCUAUUCUAGCCCCCUUUACACCUAGCAUAACAGUCUAACAAACUACCAGCUGGAAAUGGUAAAGUCUAUAAUUAAUAAUGAAAAGAAAAUAGCUAAUCUCUACUUAAUAUCCGCAGCAAAAUUUAUCAAACUUUCGGCCUCCUCUUGUUUUGUGACAUUUUUAAAUGUAGCAUGUAUGCCACCAUAUAUGUUAAGAAGACAUUUGAAAAAAAGUCUGCCUUGAUGUAAAUUAGAAAAAAAUCCAUAGAAAAAGUGUGGUGGUGUUAAUUGUAUGACUAAGCUUAUUCUUCUAGGUAUUUAAGUAAAAGAAUAUAUUUUAGUUUAACCACAUUAUAUUUUGUAUAUUGUUUUGUAAACUUUUUUGAUGUCUCAAUUACCACUCAAAAUUGCACAAUCAGAACACUCCAUGUUCUUGGCAAUAUAAUAUUUAGACCACGAUAAAGCAUAGUAUAAGCCAUUAUAGUUGAUUGCUCAAUUCAAAAAUUUUAAAAAAUACAUAAAAUUAGCAAACAGAAAAAGAAAAAAUUAUAUAAAUUAUAUGAGAGGGUUAAUUUUUGAGUUGGUUUAGGUUGAUACUUUCAUUGUUUCAAGUCAUAUGAUAUGAAGAUGGUUGUUUCAGGUUACAUGGGUUGUCAAUCUACUUAAUGAAUUGAUUUAGUUGCUUAUGAUAUUUUUGGACUUGAAUCAUGUUUUUAGCAUCUAACCCAUAAAUACAUGCACCCUAGUAACUACAAUUGAUAAACCAGUUUUAACAUUUUAUCCUAGUUUUAACAUUAGUUAAUAAGUUAAAAUAAAGAAAUCCAAAAUAAGAUAUUACCAAAUAUUCUAGACAAACGUAAUCAAUUUUACCUAGGGUUGCAAUCGAACAGAGCCUAGCCAAGCUUUGCUAAGCUAGGCUCGGCCCGAGCUCAAGCUCAAUUAACAUGAACCGAGCUCGAGCUCGAGCUCAACAAUUUUUUUUUCUAGAUAAUUAUUGAUAUGGUUUAGGGUUUAGGUUCAAGCCUAAGCAAUCUGUUAGGAUGCCUCAGCUGCAUACAUCAACUAAGCCCUCUCGGGGACUUGCUUAAGAGUAAGAAAGAGGAACCUCGUGUAAAUACCCAAAUGGAAACUAAGUUCCCACUCACGACCCUAGUAGAUCUGUUCCGUUCAAAAUGGGAAUGGGCUAGGGUUAUAAACUUAUAAUCUAUAAUUUGGUGAUUGAGUUGGGUUCAAAACAUCUUGAGACAGUUUGGUCCAUAUUCAGUGUGGGUGUUAGAGCAUUAAGAGAACCAAGAAGGAGGCACCUCUGGUGUACUAGUUAUCGUGUCCACAGUAAACGUUGGGUAGCCAAGUGCAGAGUGGAUAACUGUUGAAAGCAUCUAAGUUUCAAACUAUGGAAUUUCAAAUUACUCUUUCGGAUAAAGAAUGAGAUUGGUCCGACAACUACUUUAGGAGGAAUGUUUUUAUGUGGUGCUAACGAUUUAAUAACUAUCUUUGUAGCUUUAGAAUGUUUUAGUUUAUAACCUGUCCUCCUCUCUUUGAAAUAAGGGGUGCUUCUGGUUCUGUCAGUGCUUGAGGUCGGGCUCAAGCUCGAAUUUAUCAGAAUUAUGUUUAAAAAACUUGAUAAUCUAAUAUGCAAAUAAUUAACAAAUAUAACUAAGUAUUACUUGGUAAUUUGUAAACUAGAUACGUUGUGACUUGAAGAUUAAUCACAAAGACUUGACAUUUUGCUUAUGAAUUACUAUUCAAGUAAGAUUUCUAGUUACUUGACUAAGGAAUGAAUUACUCGAUUAAUAUUUCUUCUUAGUUGAUUAAUGAUAUAAGUAUGGAGACUUGUUAUUUUGACCCAGAUUUUUUACUCAGUUAAAGGUUAUCGUUACUCUACUAAUGUACACUUAGUCGAUUAACUCCUUGGUUAUUUAAAUAAUGUUAUUCCAUCAUAUAUUUGAGUAAAACAAGUAUAUAAUCAAUUAAUCCCUUUAAUUUUCAGUUCUUACUUGAUCAAAAGAAAAAGUUAGUUAAGUACAACACUUGAUACUCAACUAAACAUUUCCUUACUAGAUUAAAGUGAUAAUCUCAUACAUUAGUUGAUUAAUCUUUAACUCACAACAUAUCUUAUUAUUAACACAUUUUAAUGGAGAAAGUGAUUAAAAUUUUGCAUUUAAUUUCUCAUCGUCAGAACAUUCUCAAAAUUAAACUCAACAAAAUUUAAUGAUAUUAUUAUAAUAAUUUAAAAUUUGAUAAUUUAUGUUAAAUAAUAUUUUAUAAAAUUAUGAAUAAAUUUAUUAAUAUAUUUAUAAACGAGUCUAUUCACAAGCUAUUCAUGAAUUUCUAAUCGAGUCUGCUCGCGAGCUAACGAGUCGAGUUUUACUAAGUUCAAAUUUGACUCAUUUACAAAUCGAGCUUCAAAAUUAGGCUCAAACUCGGGUCGCUUUCCUUAACGAAUAAAUUUGAACAAGAUUUUAUCGAGUAGAACACCAAGCCACUCACGAAUGGCUCAGCUUAUUUGUGACCCUAGUUUUACCCUCAAGAAAAGGUAAAUCUAGGGGAAUCUCAAAUGAAAUCUACAAAAUUUUGAAUUUUGAAUUUUGAAUCACCUAGAUGGGAGAUGAGUUGGCUAAAACAUGUGAAGAGAAAUCCAAAUGGUAAGAUAAUUAAUGUAUAUCUCACUAAAAAUGAAUGGCCUAUAUAAACCUAGAUCGAAGGUGAAGUCCAUAUUGUUUUGUGCCCAAAAUACCAAGUAAAGCUCUGCUCCAUGGUGAAGGAUGAAGCAGCCCUGGAUUGGAAGGUUUCAACUGCAGAUGCAAAUGAAGAACCAAGAAACAAGAAAAUCGCAUCGGAGAGUAAGACUGAUGACCUUGGAGAAGUUGUGGAUAGAAUAUCUAACUUGCCUCAACCCAUCACACAUCAUAUCAUGUCUUUUCUCCCAACAAAAGAUGCAGCCAGAAGUAGCGUGUUGUCAAAGAGAUGGAGGUAUCUAUGGGUUUCCUUCCCGAUUCUUGAUUUUGACCAAUCUGAUUUCGAAAUGGAUCUCUCACAAUCUGUAGAUGCUUUCAAAAUACAAGACCUUUUCUUGACUUAUUUGGAGAAUUAUAUCCAACAUCGGGAAAGUGUUGUAAAGAUUGAUAAAUUUAGGCUUCGGGCAGAGGUUUUUCUUCAAGCUGAUUCAAGGAUCAAUUCUGUUAUUGAUUGGGCUUUAGAGCAUGGUGUCAAACAACUAGACCUUGAUUUGAUUAACCAAAAUUGUUUGCCCUACAAUUGGCCUAACAGUCUUUGCCCUAAAGAGUCCGUUACCUCUUUGAAGUUAGGUACAUUCAAUCUUGAUCUCCAUGAUCUUCUGUUAGUUUUCCCUUCAUUACAGGAAUUGGUUCUUAGAGGGUGCAAAGUAUUGAAAGAUAUUGAAUGUUUAGGAGCUAAUUUGAAAACGCUAGCGUUGGAUGAAUGUGAAGGAUUUAGAAGCAUUAAGAUAGAAUCCUGCAAUCUUCAAUCUUUCCUCUAUUAUGCUAACCCCCACAAUCAAGGCACCGUCACUCUCAUUGCUUGUACGUUUCUAAAAGUUUUAUCCUUGAGGAAUGUUGGGAUUGAAGACAAGUGGUUAGAGCACCAUAUUUCUGAGCUUGUCCAUCUUGAGGAUCUAACAUUGGAUUGUUGCUUCGAGUUGAGAGUAGUAAAUUUGUUCCAUGGAAAGCUCAAAAGAUUAUCCUUGCUUAGAUGCAAGAAAUUUGUGGAGGUUGGAAUUGAUUGCCCAAAACUAUAUUGCUUCACUUACGCUGGUGAAAUAGUAACCUUUGGUUCAUUAAAUUCUUCAAGUCACCUUAAUGCUACACUUAUUUUAUCUCGAAAUCAGACUAAAGGUUGGUUUGUGAAACUUCGGAGACUUCUCAGCUUAUUUGAUCACUGCAAAGUGUUAAGCCUGGUUUGCAAAUCCUAUCAGGACUUGAUUAUUCCAGAAUAUGGGAAAGAUGACUUUCUUCCUCCACUACACGAUCUUAAACAUCUGAAGGUGGAAUGCCACUCAACCAUAGAAGAUUACAUAAAAUUGGUGGAUGACUUGCUCUGGUUUUCUCCUCAUCUAGAGACAUUAUCCAUUGUCUCAAUGGUAGUUGAAAGUGGCAGAGAAGUAGUCAAUAGUCUUGAUGCACCAAACCACAAAACAGGAGAUCCAGAUGUAAUGGAGCCAUCAUACUGCAAGAAAAAGCUUGACUUCAAAUUUCAAUAUAAGAAGUUGCUAGCGGAAGAUGAGGAUUCAUUUUGCUGUGUAAUGCAUCCUAAAGAGUGUUGGCAGCAUCGUUUGAAAAAGGUUAUGAUCAACAGCUUUGAUGGUUCUGUUCAUGAUGACAAGAAAAAUUUGUUGAAGUAUUUCAGUGAGAAUGGGAAGAUAUUGGAAUCAAUUCAGAAUGACUCACAAGUUUUUGGAGUACUCCAGGGAAAGUAUUUUGAGCAAUCAACAAUUCUAUCAUGAUCCAGAAAAUGGAGUUGAUCAAUUUGUGUUCAACAGAUCAAGCUUGCAACUUGCACUGCAUGAAGACUGCUCUUCGACAAGUUGAGGGGAUCUGAUUUUUUUCGCUUUUCUUUUUCCUUCUUUUUUUUUUUUCAGUACUGGUAUCUGUAUUAGUGAACUGGGGAUGCCCUAGUGGCAUCUAUAUAACUGGUGGUGUUCAUAAUUAGUUGCGUUUGCUGAGUAAGAGAUCUGGUGUGCUUUCAUGAUUUGUGAAUUUCUCAUGGAUCGUAUUUUACUCGAGUAAGAGGCUAGAAUUAUAUGAUAUGUGCAUUGAAGUCAACUGUUAAAACAAAAUGUUACUUAGAUUUGUGUAUGUUUGUUUGUUGCUUUUCCUUCCCUUGGAUGAAUUAUUUAUGUGGUUCUGUAACUCCACACUGCAGAGUGCUAUGGAAUUAUAAUUAGAAGCAGUUUUCUUGAUAGCCAAAGUCAUCUUUUCUUUCUAUUUAAUUCUUCUCAUAUGACUUGAUCAGGAGCAGUAUUAAAGCAGGUCUGAGGCCUCAUUGGCCUGUGCCAACAAAACUUUCCACUGCUCUUAAGUUUGGCUGUUUACAGUCUCUGCCCGUUUUCUUUCUU